AUGAUGGAAGACCAUCACGACGAACUUGGACGAGCCGAUACACGGGAGCAAGGAGGUCUUCGACCGAUUCCGGUCAUCAUCGCGAACGAAGUAUCUGAACGGAUUGUGAGCGCAUCAGUUACUGCAAACCUUAUUAUUUACCUCACAACAAAGUAUCACCUCGGUGCUGCAACAAGUGCCAUCAUCAUCUUUGUGUAUCAAGCAGCUGCAAACUUCCUGCCUGUGGGUGGCGCCAUCGUGUCUGACGCGCUGCUGGGUCGUUACCUGAUGGUCACGCUCACACUCUUCUCCUGCACAAUUGGGACAUCCAUGCUGUUCCUAACAUCACUCAUACCAAAUCUGACGCCCCGGGACUGCGCCUCACCGACUCCACUGCAGCUGCUCGUGCUGUGCGCCUCCCUCGGCCUCAUGGCGCUGGGAGCGAGCGGCGUUCGCCCCUGCUGCCUGGCCUUCGCCGAGGACCAGAUCGCGCACUGGGACGACGGCGGCGGCGGCGGCGCCCGGAAGCGCCGCGCGCUCCGUGCGCUAUUCAGCUGGUACUACGUCUCGGUGGGGUUCGCGCAGAUCGUGGCCGUGACCAUCCUCGUCUACUUCCAGGACCAGGUGGGCUGGAAGGUCGGGUUUGGGAUCUCUGCAGCCGUGAUGCUGUGCGUCACGCUCGUGAACCUCGCGGCCUCGCCCUGGUACGUGAAGGUGAAGCCGGAGAAGAGCGUAUGGGUCAGUUUGCUGCAGGUUGCUGUUGUGGCUGCCAAGAACCGCAACCUGGUGCUUCCGGCGACACGGCAGGGUGUUCGGUUCCAUAAUGCACCGGGAUCGAGAGAGCUGGUUCCAUCUGAAAAGAUGAGAUUCUUGAACAAAGCAUGCGUUCUGGGCGACCAUGCAGCCAGCGCGAACGACGGAGGAGCGGCCAGCACGAGCCCAUGGAACACCUGCACCGUGGAGCAAGUCGAGAACCUGAAAUCUGCGCUCAGUGUGAUACCCAUGUGGUCGGCCAUGAUAAUGACGUUCCUGAUACAGAGCUCGUCGUUCGGUGUGUUGCAAGCGGCCACCAUGGACAGGCGAAUCGGCACGAAGGGCUUCCAGCUGCCCGCGGGCUCCGUCUCCAUCUUCGAGAUCAUCACCUUCACGAUGUGGUCGGGGUGCUACGACCGCUACGUCGUGCCGCUGCUCAGAAGAGCCACCGGGAGGAGGCAGCAGGUGCUCACCCUCAAGCAACGCAUGGGCACCGGCGUGUUCCUGUCCGUCGUGUCCAUGGCGGUGGCGUCGGCGGUGGAGACGUACCGGAUCAGGAACGCCGCCGCGGCCAGGGUCGACGGAGGCUCGCCUCCCGGAGCGCCGCAGGCAAUGUCCGUGCUAUGGCUGGCGCCUCAGUACGCCAUCGUAGGGCUCGCGGGCGCGUUCAGCUCCAUCGGGCAGAUCGAGUUCUACUACGCGGUGCUCCCCAAGUCCAUGGGGAGCUUCGUGCUUGCGCUGCUCUUCCUCGGCGCCGGCGUCGCGAGCGUCGCCGCGACGCUGGUGGUCAAGACGAUCAACGUGGUCACCGGCAGGAACGGAAUGCAGCCAUGGCUGUCCAACAACCUGGACGAGGGCCACUACAACUAUUACUACUUGCUUCUUGCUGCCCUUGGCGCCAUUGACCUGGUCUAUUUCGUGGUCUGCUGCUAUGUGUUCGACGAGAGGACACUAAACAUGUCCCUGGAAACGGCUGGCGAUGCAAAGGAGAUGGUCGAGUUUCAGGAGGCUAGUUCAGAACAUGGUUGUGGAAAUUAGUGUAGUGGUGAUGCACAACAGAUGGUAGGAAUCCAUGGCUACUAUAAAACUUUGUGGUUUAGUUGUUCUUGAUUUGCUGUCUACAAAUGCAUCUACUAUACCAAUCAUAUUUCAGCAUAGUUAAAAUUUUAAG